GUGGACUCGCUGGAUUCUGAAACAAUGGGCUUUUGUAGACUAUGUAGUGCACUAUAUAUUGAAUUUGAAGCCGUUUGAGAUUCAGGCUGACACUUCCGGGAAGAAACAGCAUGACUGAGAAAAGGCGUCAAGACACAGAGGCGAGAAGAAGUACAGGCCUGCUGUCUGGGUUGCUGUCUGUGGAAUGGGCCUGCUUCCCUAGAGAAUGACGCGGUUUCGGCGCAAAAUAUGUCUCACCUUGACCGUACUGGCCCUGUUCAUCUUGGUCGUUCUGAAAAGCUUGUCUCCAGAUGACAGGAUCUUGGUGGGGGGCUUUGGACUUGACAUCUUUCCUCAAGAAAGGCAGGGAGAUGGUGUUGCUGAGAGUCACGUCAUACCAGAGACCAGCAUGGUCAAAAAGAUGUGGAAGGAAAAGGUUGUGAGCAUCUUUAAUACUGAUGCUCAAGAUAAAGAUUUUCCUCCUCCAAAUUACAACAUGCAUGUUUUCUACUACACGUGGUAUGGAAACCCUCGGUUUGAUGGGAAGUAUAUUCACUGGAAUCAUCCACUGUUGCCACACUGGAACCCCAAAAUAGCGCUGGGCUACCCAAGAGGAACACACAAGCCUCCAGAUGACAUAGGUGCCAGUUUCUACCCCGCCUUGGGGGCAUACAGCUCUCGGGACCCUUCUGUUAUAGAAGUUCAUAUGCAGCAGCUACGGACAGCAGCCAUAGGUGUUCUCGCAGUGUCCUGGUACCCGUCUGGCAUGAAGGACGAUAACGGUGAACCGACUGAAGACAUCGUGCCUUUGAUUUUGGAAGUAGCUGCAAAGUACAAAGUGAAGGUGGUUUUUCAUAUCGAGCCAUACAGAGGGCGUAAUGACAAGAGUAUGUUUGAAAAUAUCAAAUACAUUAUUGAGACGUAUGGAGACCAUCCUGCUUUUUUCAGAUACAGAUCAAACAGUGGAAAGCUUCUUCCGUUGUUCUAUGUUUAUGACUCCUAUUUGCAAAGUCCAGAUAUCUGGGCGCAGUUGCUUAAGAGAACUGGGAAGACAAGCAUCAGAAACACACCAUAUGAUGGCAUCUUUAUCGGUCUGCUUGUGGAGGAGAAGCAUAAAGCUGAAGUCCUGGCUGCUGGCUUUGAUGGCAUUUACACAUACUUUGCAACCAAUAGCUUUUCCUAUGGCUCCUCUCAAAAGAACUGGAGAUCCAUUAAGGCUUUCUGUGAUAACAACAAAUUGAUUUUCAUCCCCAGUGUAGGUCCAGGCUAUAUUGACACCAGCAUUAGGCCCUGGAACGGUCAGAACACACGGAAUCGCAUCAAUGGCAAGUAUUACGAGAUGUCUCUGAAAGCAGCACUGGAGACCAGGCCCAAGAUAAUCUCUGUAACUUCAUUUAACGAGUGGCACGAAGGAACUCAGAUCGAAACAGCCAUACCUAAAACAAGAGGCCAGACUGCUUACUUAGAUUAUCUUCCCUACAAACCAACUCUGUAUUUAGACAUUACACAAAGGUGGGCGGAGAAAUUCAGAGAAGAGCAAGAAAAAUGGCUACAGUGACUCAUUCUCUGAAUAAGUGAUUUCUUUAUGAAAUGUUUAAGCAUUUACACUGAAGUCAGCAUCUUAGCCAAGUAUUUAGUCACCUCACUGUCUCAGUGGAUCGUCCAUCAAAUGUCCUGAUUGAAAUGUCAUUUAAAAAUGUAUUUUUUAAAAUAUGAAAAAUGCAUAAUAUACUGUAUGUACUUUGUUGUUGGCAGUUGUGAAAGUAAAGAACGUUCAUUCAGUGA